UUAGCUCCUCCUGUAUUUGUACACAGUCAGACAUUCACCUGCCAGCAGACUACGACCUAAAGCAGCUUAGUGGCGUCUAGAGACAUAAGUGACAGCUUAGGGGUAGUCCCUGCACAGCAAGUGGCAUCUUUCUUGUGUCCUCUGGAAUUACACCGAGAGUUGUACUAAGGGGAACGAACGCGCGUACAGGCAAGUUUGGAGGUGGUGCAUUCCGAAAGCUGGUUCAGGAGAUAGCAAAGACUCUGGCACCGUGGGAAAAACAUUGGGAGUACUGUACGGAAGGCACAUUUUCUCAGCUGAUGCAGCGAUGAGUCAGUCAGGAUCUAGUGGGAGCAAGCAUGGAUCCGCCAAUGGAGGAAGCAGUAAAAUGAGUGCGAAAGAUCUAUUUGAGCAGAGGAAAAAAUAUUCCAACUCGAAUGUCAUCAUGCAUGAAACGUCUCAGUACAACGUGGAGCAUCUGGCCACCAUUUUGUUGGAUAAGAACGAUGCUCUUGGAACCGUGGAUGAUGCUAUAAAACGUUUGUUUCAUUUGGAAUCUAAGGAUAAAAUCUGGGCCCAGGAGAUGGUUCUGCAGGUUAUGAACACCUCAAUCAGCCUUCUAGACUCUGCCACACAGGAAGAAUUGGAAGUUUUCCCUUUGUCCAUUGUUCACCAUUGCCAGAGCAUCCCAGGCCCCCAUCGCUACCCCAACAUCCUGCUCCUAGUAUGUCAGGAGGCAGACCAGAGCAAGCCUGAUGUACAUUUCUUCAACUGUGAGAUGGAGGCUGAGCUGCUUCAUGCAGACAUUGAAAGUGCACUCGCUGACAUAAAACAUGGGAAGAAAAUGCGUCCCCAGACUCUCAAAGUUAACCAGGAAAGAAUCAAGCAAAGAGAGUCCAUUCUUCCUCCUCCCACUGCCCCCAAGCCAGCGUACAGAGACAACAAGAACCGUGUCAUGUCUCCGCCUACAUCAAAUGAGAUCGAGUUUGAUAGAAGAAGUAAUCUGUCACAAGAAUACGAGGAAUCUCGGGAGGCACUAGCAAAGAAGAUUGAGAAAGAAACACAAUGCCUAAACUGCACACUGGAUGACAUAGAAUUAUUUGUGGCGAAGUUGCAAAAAGCGGCUGAAGCGUUCAAGCAGCUGAACCAGAGGAAGAAAGGCAAAAAGAACAAAAAGAAGCAACCAGCGGAGGGAGUCCUGACGUUACGGUCCAGGCCUCCUACAGAACUGGAGUUUAUAGAUUGCUUUCAGAAGAUCAAGCUGGCUAUCAACCUCAUGGCCAAGUUAAAAAAACAUAUUCAAAAUCCAAGUUCUGCUGAGCUAAUCCAUUUUCUCUUUGGACCAUUGGAACUGAUCGUUCAGAGCUCUGGAGGCCCAGAUUUGGGCAAAGCUAUCACCUGUCCUCUAUUAUCCAAAGAUGCAACUGAUUUCCUGAGGGGACAUCUGACCCCAAAAGAAAUGCACCUCUGGGAGUCUCUUGGAGAAAAGUGGACCAAACCAAGGGUAGAAUGGCCAAAAGAACCCAUAAUUCCUCAGUACAUCCCAAAGUUUAACAGUGGCUGGCAGCCCCCACUGGACAUCUUCCAGGGAGCACCUUGGGAGCAGGAUAUGGGAUAUCCACCAGAGAUGAUGAAAUCCAAGAUCCAGGAUGAGCUUCCUCCACCUAAUGGAAAUCCCUACAGAACACCCUCAUUCAAACAUCAAGCCCUGCCAUCAGACCUGAAGCCAGAAUAUAACACUAGCCCUAAACUCACCAGUUAUGAAGCACCAGUGCCGGCACAGCCACAGAAAUGCGCCAAAAUCCGUUAUGACUUCACUGCCCGAAACGCCAAUGAGCUGUCCGUAUUGAAAGAUGAAGUCCUGGAGAUACUGGAGGACAAUAAACAAUGGUGGAAAUUAAGAAACAGGAUUGGGCAGGAAGGUUAUGUCCCGUACAAUAUCCUCGAUGUAGUGUCCACAGAUGACAACAACCAGUUAGAUGGGCCGUAUGGAAUGGCUGGUUCCAAAUACAAAGAAGGGACUAGAGGUCCUGUGAGCCCUAGUUACAAGAUUCCUGUUAGUUACGCCGGUGAGAAAUGGGGGAGUGAGAUAGCAAGCUGGUCAACCAACCAGAACAACAAGGAAAAACUAAUUCAUCACAUGGACGAAGUAAAUGAUGAGCUCCUGAAAAAAAUCACCCACCAGCAGCCGCCUAAAAGGAAUUUUGCAGCGCCAAAAACUCAGCAAGUGCAUGUUCCAUUAACAUUCCAGUCCGAGCCAGAGGAGGUGAAAGCCUGGCUAGAUGCCAAGGGCUUUAGUAAAGGGACAUCAGCACAAUUGGGUAUUCUAAAUGGGGCACAACUUUUCUCUCUAAACAAGGAGGAGUUGAAGAAAGUUUGUGGAGAGGAGGGUGCAAGGGUAUACAGCCAGCUGACGGUGCAGAAGUCUCAGCUAGAGAAAAGCCAGGGUGAGACGGAACUCCAGGAGAUCAUGAAGCGACGCCAGGAAAGGAUUGAAUCGGUUGAAACUGAGGAAUCUACCAACUAGCACGGCAUCUCUCCUUUUACUUUCUCUACUCUUUUGCAAAGAUCCGCAUAGCCUUGCAAAAUCACUCGCUGCUGAUAUAUAUGUCUCUGGCUGCAAAGGAUUGUGUUUUUAUACCCGUAAAUUGUUAAAGCAAGGGACAAGCAAUAUGGACCUCAGCAAUAAAUAUUAAUGUAUACAUAAAUAUGCAGCUAAUUCUAUCAUGCCCUCUAGUGGGACAUGUGAUGUAUUGCAGCGUAUCCUCCACCAUCACUGUCAGACUGCGCAACAUUGCCUGGUUCAAUAGAAAAACCAGCUACAGCACAUCUGCAUGUAUAGAUAUAUAUAUAUAUAUAGUAUUCACAUAUUUAUGUUUGUAUAUCUUACGGACUCUACCUUUUUGUUCUCUAGACACUUUGCUUUCUUGUCUUUGCUGCCUAAGAGGUCAGCUGUCCUUCUAGCAGUUAAAGAAUAAAACAGGGGGAGAGCUAUAAGUAUUGCAUGAAAGUAUUAUUUUUAUAUGUAUAUUCCUUUAUUUUAUAAACUGAUUUGCUUGCAGAGGCAGCUGGAGCCAGGCAUAGCCUUGCAAAGGGUGUGCAUAAAGGGAUGUUUAAAAAAAAAAAAAAAAAAAAAACUUCAUUACAUUGGCAGUGAAUAGUUUGGCAAUGAGGCCAUUAACCAACAUAUCGACCAUCACUUAAUUUUAUUUUGAUACUUUUUUUCUGUUUGCCUUUUAUUACACAGUGCACACAAUCCUGUACAAUUCUGAUUGAUACAAUACAAUGCUCCAGUAGUAUGAAACAGCACUUAUGACAGUUCUAUAUGCAAAUAACUCUAAGAUAGCCAGUGCAUCACAAACCAUCAAAAACUCAUGUAGGAAAUGAAGAAACAGUGAAAAUAAGGAUCUGUUGUGACCACACUAAAAUUCUAACGAUUGAACUAAGAGGCAACUGUGUAGCCGGUGUGCGGUUAACAUACCGCCCAUUGGGAUCUCUGCUGUCUCAAUACCGACGCCGGUGAUCCCUAGUAGACAACAGUCCACUAACACUAAUUAAUCACAGGCUGUUUUCGUCUUUGAUGGCUGAAAAAUUGCUGCGUAUACACAACACUUCUCAGUGUCCACGAUACAAUACAUUUGAGGAGUAUUCAUCGACUGCUGAAUGCAAGUCACGCUGGAGGUCACUUAGGGUCAGAUGAUAAUACAGUAGGUUGUUGUUUGUGAAAAAAUACUCUUUAAAACCUGUAAGUUCAACAUGAUGAUUGAGGUAGGUUAUCAUGAAAGCAUUCAACUGGGUUUCUGUUUGAUUUCGAAUGAACUUUUUAUUUUAUUUGAAAGAAUGUUUUAACUUUUAAUGCUUGAAGUUUUCAGAGGCAUGCUAAAAGAAAACAUAGUGGUAAUUAAUAAUAAAUAAAUGGAAAUGAGAAAGAAAAAAAAAAGAGAGGGGCGACCUAACACCUAGUCAACAUUAUAUAAGAAUCCUGUAAUGUAGUGAUUGCUGGGGAUAAAUGAAUGUACAGUACGUCCUAGUGGUCCUUUCUGAGAAUGGGGGCUGCAUUAAAGCUGUUAUCAGGCCAUACAUGUUUGAUGCAUCAUUUAAACUUUAAUACAUAGAAAAAGAUCUGUGCAGCAGUGUAUGUGACAUCUCCUGUUGGUUAUAGCUACAUGAGUGAAGGGAACAUGUUACACAUCUUAUCAUCUUAAACAUGAGCACUGUGCUGAGGUUACAAUGAGACAUUUCUCAGCAGUGAUGGUUCCUUGUUUAGCUGCAGAUGGACCAUUUACUGUACAACGUGACAGGAUAACUUUGUACUUACUCAAUGUUUAGUGGGAGUAUCCAGGUUUCCCAGAGCAACACACAUACUGUAUACUGGAAAUUAGAUACAAUUGUGACACAAUAUAAAUAAUAGUUUCAUCCCAUUACAAUGUAACAACAGCAGUAGCUGGUAUUGAUGUGUAGUAUGUAAUGAUUCAAAAUACAAUAAAGACAAAUAUAGGAAAAGGCUUUGCAGUGUAUUUGGGGACAUAAUAUCAAGAAUGUCACUUUCUGUCAUAAUGACACAACAGAAAUCAGUACUAUACAGCAGCACUCCUAUGAAAUACAUGCAUCUGCUCCGGUGCCCUCCUAGGUAACCUCAGCCAGAGGUCCAAACGCAGGUGACUGUAGAGUGGCAUGCAGAUAAAUCACACUUACAUAGCAGGAUAACGGAUCAACGUUUAAAAGUUUAGUCAUAUUGUCAGAUGACCCACCAUAGGAAAUAAAUGUUUGUCUAUGUAAAACUCACUCACAAGACUCGAACAACAUAUAAAGAUAUUUAUUUAUGACAUUCAACUGUUAACGGUGAGAUUAAUUACCUUUUGGGACAGGUAGGCAGGUAGGAAAAACAACAUAUGAAUAUAAAAUGGAAUUCUAUUAAAUAUUAUACUGUAGGGAUUGAUUGCAGCAAAAGUCAAAUUAAAGAUUAUAGCAAGAAAGAAAUAUAUAACCAUACUAAAAGUGUUGUCAAACAGAUUUUCUGCUGACCAGAAACUUACCUGACAAAUUCUGAAAGCAAUUUACCUGCAAACGUUAGUGUUCAGGGAGUGAAACUAUACAAAGUGUGAGUGGGAUGGUCUAUACAGACAUAGGACACUAUAGUUAUCCAUAAAGUAAGCAAUAGCCAUGGUCAUAAUGCCAUUCUGUUACACUUUAUACAGAUGUAGCAGACUACACCUACCCAACAUUACCUUACUGUAUAUGAUCAUAAUGCAGUUCUGUUAUAUACUACACAAUGGGCACUUGUCUACCCAACACAACCUGAUCACUCAACUUGAUUGUUAUACAAUUAUGCUUUAUACAGGAAGAUAAUACUACAUUUACCCAACAUUAUAUCACUGUAUAUGAUCAUAAUACAAUUCUAUACUAUACAAAGAACACUUGUCUAUCCAACACAACCUAAUCAUUCAACAUGAUCAUUAUACAAUUAUGCUAUAUACAUACAGAUAACACUAUAUCUACCCAACAUGACAUAACCACUGUAUAUGAUCAUAAUACAAUUAUAUUACACACUAUACAAAAUGCCCUCAGCUACCCAAUACAACCUGAUCACUCAGGGCAACAUUAUCAUAAUACAAUUCUAUUACACUCUAUACGGGCAGAUGGCACUACAUCUACCCAAAAUGACAUUAUCAAUGUAUAUGGUCAUAAUACUAGUCUAUUACAUACUAUAGAAACAAACCAUCUACCUAAUACAACAUGAUCACUCAGGUCAACAUGAUCAUAAUACAAUUCUAUUACAUUCUGUACAGAAAGACGAAGAUACUCUCUGAUCCCACAACAUGAUCACAAUACAAUUCUAUUACAUUCUGUACAGAAAGACGAAGAUACUCUCUGAUCCCACAACAUGAUCACAUUACAAUUCUGUUACAUUCUGUACAGAAAGACGAAGAUACUCUCUGAUCCCACAACAUGAUCAUAAUACAAUUCUAUUACAUUCUGUACAGAAAGACGAAGAUACUCUCUGAUCACGCAACAUGAUCAUAAUACAAUUCUAAUACACUCUACACAGACAGAUGGCACUACAUCUACCCAACAUAACAUUACCAAUGUAUAUGGUCAUAAUACAGUUCUAUUACAUACAUUACAAACUAGCUCCAACACAACCUGAUCACUCAACUGAUUAUAAUACAAUCAUAUAACACUUUAGACACACUGCUGACAAUCUAUAACUCUCCGCCUAGACAGCUGGACAUAUUUAGAGUACAGCUCUUUAACAUUAUUUACAGACUAGAACACUAGACCUACCCAACGUGACCUGAGAAUUAAGCAUGCAUAUAACACAAUUCUGUAGCAUCCUAAAUAGCUCUUUAAAUAAAUCUAAAUAUAUACAGUAUUCAGAAAAGGCUAAUUAUUCAAUUAGAUAAAUAUUUGUUUAAUAUUUUAAAUACAUCACUGUGAAUGAAAAUUACCCUAUCGGACAUGACUGGACCAUUGUACAUGUUCAUAAAAUAAUUUGAUUACACUAUAUACAAAAUAGUACUCUCAAUCUUUCCAACAUAAUUUUAUUAUUGGACGUGACAACCACAGUACAAUUCUGUUACAGCCCAUGAAGAUAUAGGAUAUUAGAUAUACCCAAUAAAACCAUGCCACUGGACAUGAUAAUAAUACAGUCUUAUUAUACUGCAGACCAAGAAUAGUAUGUACUGUAGAGCGUAUGUGACCUGGGCACUAUACAUGAACAUAACGCAAUUAUAUUGUAUUCUAAAUAAUCCCUCUAAAUAAUGACCUAAUGUAGCACAAUGGAAAAGACCUGCACUCAACAAACUAUAGCAAGGACGGAUAUAUUAUUAGGAAAUUAGACGAUAUAAAUAGAAUAUCACUUAAUUAACAUUUUAAUGAAAAAGACCGAUAAUUGGAUGACUAGUAAAGUCUUGGACUAUUCCUGAACAUCAGGGACAUUUACUGUACCAGUGAGUGCACAAUUUGUAAGAAAUUAUAAGUCCUUCAUCCAGGUGAUGUAACCCCACAACGUCAGGUCAUCCCUUGACUGGUGGAGUCCUGGGUAGUUUACACAACAGAAGUACAUAUAUAUGUAAUGAUUCUCCUCCCCUACGUGGAAGACAACAUCUGGUUUAAUAAAACUACAGGUAUGUGAAAUAAGUCAUGCAAACUUUGAGGGUGUAGUAUGGUAUGCCGGCGGCCGGGAUCCCGGUGGACAGCAUACAAUACUGAGUGCCGCGAUCCCAACAGCCGGCAUACUGAAUACGGUAUUCGUUCAGAUGGUCGACCAUGUUAUGGUCGACAGUCAUUAGGUCGACCACUGUUGGUCGACAUUGACAUGGACACAUGGUCGACACAUGAAAAUGGUCGCCACAUGAAAGGUCGACACAUGAAAAGGUCGACAUGAGAUUUUUUAACUUUUUUGAGGGGGGGGGACUUUUCCAUACUUUACGAUCCACGUGGACUACGCUUGGAACGGUAAUCUGUACCGAGCGAAGCGGUAGCAGAGCGAAGGCACCAUGCCUGAAGCAUGGCGAGCCAUGCGAGGGGACACGGUACACUAAUUGGGGUUCCCAGUCACUUUACGCAAAAAAAAUGACACCAUAAAAAGUUAGAAAACUCAUGUCAACCUUUUCAUGUGUCGACCAUUUUCAUGUGUCGACCAUGUCAAUGUUGACCAAUAGUGGUCGACCUAAUGACUGUCGACCAUAACAUGGUCGACCAUUCAUACCGGAACCACUAAAUACCACCCAAACUUUGGCUGAUGAGCAACAUAACUAAUAUUUCACUAUAACCAGGAGCUAAAUGAUCAGUUCAAAUGUUCUCACCAAUAAUAAACACAUUCUAUUAUUUAAAAAAAAAAAAGUUUUUGUGUAUUUGUGGCACUUAUGUCUACAGCAAGUGCAAGUUAUAAAUGAAAGGGUUUAAAAAACUAUUACUGCUUGGUAAAAUGAAUUCUAUUGUGUUUGAUGUUUCUGUUUUAUUUAACUAAUACCAUUGUCAUUACAGUUUCAAUGUUUCAUUAAAAAAUAGUAUUUAGAGAAUAAAAAUUGCAACAACACAAAAAAAAUCUGCAGCAACAAAAAGAGUACAAAUCUUCCUCAGAGCUGUAGUUAUACGUUGGCAUGUACAAGGCAAAUUUGUUGGCCACACAAGGCUGUUGUACACGGGAUGUAGUUAUGUGACUGGCGGUCAGAAGACCGGCACCUACAUCCCGCCCCCUCACAAUCCCUACAGUCACACCUGUUGUACACACAGUAACCUUUAGCAGAUCGAUUAUCAAGUUUGAAAAGUAUGAGGCAAAAAACAUGUGAUUAUUUGUGCUGCAUCCCCAAGGGCUAAUGCGACCAGAGCCUUAAGUAUAUUUUUUUCUAUUAAGUACUUUUACUAUAUGACUUUACCUAUUUUUCAUAAUAGAAUUUUAACUGUGACUUUAGUAGAAUGUAAAAGAGGUACUUUAGGGUGAAUCUGCUGCAGAACUACAACGGUGUGUCAUUCUAUUUCUUAGCAUAGUCUUUCUACUAAAGGGCCUUUUUAUUGUAGCACUUCACCCAUUAUUAAGGUGGCAUAAAUGAUUUGACCUUUCUGCCUAGGUUCUGACUGUAUUACACCAUAAAUAUGAUGAAAAUAGUGAUGUGACACAAGUGGAUAGGUUCUGUUUAUUGGGCUUAUAUAGUUACAGAGAUCAAAUGAAUGCCUUUGCCAUUAUAAAAACACACACAAAAAGCUAUUGGGUAAAAACCUUCAUUUCUAACUUACCACCAGAUCACACACACACACACACACACACACCUGUAUAUGCCUAGGCACUGUCGGACGGGGGCGUGGAGGGCCCACCGGGGGAAUGCAGUGGUAGAGGCCCAUGCUUAGGGGUGUGGCCAGCUGCCACAGAGGCUUGGCUAACCAUGGUAUGAGCCCCAUGAUAAAUAUAUAUAGUAAAUACUGCUAGUGCAUGCAUGAUAAUGUACAAGAUUAAUAACUGCAAUGCACUGUAGAUAAUAUGUAUAAUGUACAAUUCAAGUGCACAGUCUAGAACCUGAUCCCUAGAGGAGGAGGUGUGCCCCCAGGCAGGGGGGCCCGCCGGUGAUUUUCCCUGUACCCCUGUUGGUCAGUCCAACCCUAUGCCUAGGCGUAUCAUAAGCAGCUCUAGAACACAGAUCAUUAUUAAUGUUUGAAUGAAGGCCAAAUGGCGCUAUCAUAUUAAAACCAGUAAUAAGCAACUGUAAAGUUCCCAUUUAUGUUUCCUGCACACAUAUCUAUGGGCACAACCUGUUAUAGCAAGUAUACUUUUAUUUACUGAAGGUGUAGGAACUGGUUAUUACAGAAGUCAGUGAUGUUUUUGGCAAGCCAUGGGAUCAGCUGCCUCUGGCAAUACUCCUUUUGAAUGGUGUUCCUAUAGCCACCUAACAUCUACUGUAUAUUCUAUGAACGGUGUGCAGUGUUGUACAGAGGCCUUUUACCUGUCUCUCUUCAUCUGUAUAGCUUCAUUUGUAAUACAAACAUAAUGUAAUUAUUUAAUUACAUAUUACAAUGUACAAUGAGACAAGAUAAUUAAUGUGUAAGAUUUAAUAAAGAAGAUAAAUUGCAGAAA